AGGGUACGGGUUGUGUCCUGUAGGGCGGGAAGAGGCAGUUUGGAGCGGACGUCCGGGCGAAGGAUGUUCAGGCUGAGGCGGUCGGGUCCGAGGGCUGGUGCGGGGUGCGUGACGGAGGAUGGAACAAAAGUGGGACUUGGAAAAUGUUGCCCUGUAAGAAGAGAAGAACUACAUUGACAGAGUCCCCACAGCAUCAGGGCAACCAGGAGGAAGAUGACUUAGACCUGCAGUCAGCUGUUAAACCAGAAUCUGCCCAAGUUAAAGACCUGGGGUCAGUGUCCCUGUCCUGGAGUCCAAGUCAUGGCAGAGCAGCUGACCUGGAAGUGCAGGAUGCAGGCAUUCAGCUUGGUAUGGAGGACCCAUCUUUGAGCUCUAGGAUGCUCACUGAGGACACAAAUGUGGCAGUUCUGGAAGCUGUGGAUGUGGCCAUCUCUCAGGGACUCACCCUUCCUUCCUUGGAGUCUUCCCAGCCUGUGAAUACACACCUUGUAAAGUAAACUCCAGGCCAAUAGCUCAAGGAGAGGGAAGAAAAUUGCACUCAGACCUGGGUCAGCUACUCAAGAAGACCGAGGCGAUCAUCCUGUCGCUAAGGAGCCUUUUUCAGAAGAGCCUAGUGAAGAGGUCAAGGAAGAAGGAGUUUCAAGAUGAGAUGGGAUUCUCCAGCGUGGAAGAUGACGGCCCAGAACAGGAGGAACAUGUGGCUGAGCCUCGGCCUAACCUUAACACUUCUCGAUCCUUAUGGUUUGAGGAACCACUGGUCUUACUAAAUGAGCAACAUCGCACCGUGAAGGAGCUACUUGAACAGCUGAAGAUGAGGAAAUCUUCAGCCAAACAGCAGCAGGAAGUAGAGAGGGUUAAGCCCCAGAGGGAGAAGGUUCAUCAAACUCUGAUUCUAGACCCAGCGCAGAGGAAGAGGCUGCAGCAGCAGAUGCAGCAGGAUGUUCAGCUCUUGACGCAAAUUCACCUUCUCGCCAGUUCUAACCCCAGUCUCAGUUUGGAGGCCAGUACCACCAGGAUAUUUCUUAAAGAGCUGGGAACCUUUGCUCAAAGCUCCAUUGCCUUUCAUCAUCAGUUCAAUCCCAAGUUUCAGACCUUGUUCCAACCCUGUAACCUGAUGGGAGCCAUGAAGCUCAUUGAAGCCUUCAGCACACAAGUCAGCAUUAACUGGAGUCCUCGAAAAACUGUCACGAAGACUGCCUAUAGAUUGCCCUAUUUGCCAAAGCAAGUGGCUUGGAUCCUAGCCAUGAGCAAGGUUUUCAUGUAUCCAGAGCUACUUCCAGUGUGUUCUCUGAAGGCCAAGAAUCCCCAAGAUAAGAAUUUCUUCACCAAGGCAGAGGACAGUUUGUUAGCUUUAAGCCUGAAGCACUUUGAAGGGACCCAUUUUCCUAAGCCUCUGAUCAGCAAGUACCUUCUCACUUGCAAGACUGCCCACCAGCACAGAAUUAAGAACCUCAUAAUGAACAGAGCUCCUGACAACAUCAUUAAAUUUUAUCAGAAGACCCAACAGCUGCCCAUCUUAAUGAAGUGCUGUGAAGAGAUCCAGCCUGUAGAGAGGGAAGAACACCAGCUUCCGUUCUGGUUAAAGGCCAGUCUGCCGUCCAUCCAGGAGGAAAUGCGGCGCAUAGCUGAUGGUGCCAGAGAGGUCGGAAAUGUGACCAGAACCACUGAGAUCAACUCAGACCCAGGCCUAGGAAAAAGCAACUUGGAACUGGAGAGUGAAACUCGGUAUCCACUGCUACUGCCUAAGGCUGUAGUCCUGAAGCUAAAGCCAGUUUUCAGUUUUUGUAGGAAUGUCUGGAGACAGAAGCUGUUGUCAGCCCUGAAACCCUUCCUUAUCAGACCCAGCCCUUUCCAGCCUAGCUUCAGCUCUGGGAAGACACUAUCAGCUAGGUCAGCUCACUCAGAAGCCCUUCCAAGCAAAAUGGUGGUCCGGAUUCCUCCCCUGAUCCAGCCAGCCACAGUCUUACAGGCAGUGCCAGGUGGCCCUCCUCUGGGGGUCCCUGGGGGGGAUAGUUUUGAGUCUCCAGCAGCGCUGCCAGCUACAGCUGCUGAGGCCAGGACCAGCUUCCCUCUGCCUGAGCCGCAGACCUUGCUCUCCUCUGCCCCUGUGCCCAAGCUAAUGCUGCCCUCACUUGCUCCUUCGAAGUUUCGAAAGCCAUGUGUGAAACGGAGAGCCUCCAAGAGAAAGGGACCCAAGGCCUCUCUCUGUCUGAAGCCUGCCCCUCUCAUCCGCCCUGCGCCUGUUUUCUUCACUGUUCCUGCCACCACGGUCAAGGCUGUGAGCCUCGGCGGUGGCUGCAGCAUGGUGCAGCCUGUUAGUGCAGCUGUGGCCCAAAGUCCGCAGACCAUCCCCAUCACCACCCUGUUGGUCAACCCUGCUCCCUUCCCCUGUUCGUUGAACCAGCCCCUUGUGGCCUCCUCCAUCCCUCCCUUAAUUGUCUCUGGCACCUCUGUGAAUCUUUCUGUACCAUCUACCCCUGAAGAUAAAGCCCCAGUGAAUGUAGACAUAGGUUGUCCCUUGACUGAGGGGAAAAAUGCCUUUCAAGGCCUCGAACCCAAAUUAGAACCUCGGGAACCCUCUCUCUGUGCUGCUGUCUUCCCCAAAGAGGAGCACAGCCCAGGGCCUCCAGCUAUAGACAGAGUGUGCCAGGAGCAGUUGUCGGAGAGCAGUGCCUAUGGCUGGACUGUUAUGAAAACAGAGGAAGGGAGGCAAGUCCAGGAACCAUUGCCUCAGGGCUUCCAAGAAUCUCUAAAUACUUCCUCCUAGGAUUUAGAGGAAAUUGUUAAGACGGAGCCUAAAGACCCUGGGGAGGACAUCUAUGGUAGAUCCCUGGAUGAGGAUAUCCAUUAUGAAAUCAAAGACGAACAUGGGAAACUGGACACUGGCUUCCCAAGUGAGGAGUCAAGCGGGUCUAGAGAGGGGAAGGAACAGGCCUACAACAGGAGGAGGAGUCAUCCAGCUGUUAGGUUGGUGCAAAACUAAUUGCACUUUCGUAUUGUUGAGCUUUGCUGUUUGAUAUUGGAAUACAUUCUUUAAUAAAUGUGCGUAUGUUAUACAUCAU